UACUUUUUCUGCAUUUCAGUAAUGGGAAUAUUUAUUAUUAUCUUUUUUAUUAUUAUUUUGAUUGACGUUUUAUUCCAGAUUUAAAUAUUCCCAAUUUUCUAUUUAAAAUUGUCUAUUUUUAGGACCCUUAAGUUUCAUACAAACUAAUAAAAAUAUAUUUUUCAUUAUGGUAAACAUAUUUUGGAGGGAAAAUAUGCAAAUUAAAUAGGUUUUCAAAUUUAGGAUUGAUUUUCAUUCUUUUGAUUUGCCGUUGAAUUAUGACUUGUACGUUUCCUUACAGAUUUUGUGAGAUUUAUCUGUUGUUGAAUGACUAACCUGUGCAGUAUAUUAUCUCUUUAAUAUGAUUGUAACAAAUUGCUCUUGAGUGUAACACACACAGAAAAACAGAAAGGAGUGAAAUACUAACCGAAUCUUUCAUUUUUGUUGCUGCAAAUAGCUUUUGGCUUGUACAUAUAGGAAUUCUGGACCAAUGUGAAGCUGACAGUGCAGUUUGAGUCUGGUUUAGACACUAGAGAGUCGUUUGCUGAAGGACUGCAUGGCAUUAUGGGCUUCUAGCUUGUGUUGUUAGUCCUUUGCACAGCUGUUCUUCAUUUUUAGUUUCUGUUGAAUGCUGUUCUUUUUUUUUUUCUUCCAGAAUAAUUGUAUGUAAAAACACAAUUCGCUUUAUCAUGGUACUGUAUAUUUGGCAACCAUGAAUAAAACUCCAUCUUUAAAAAUCAGCCUUGAUUUGAUUGUUUCAUUCAUAAAACAGGGCCUGUACUCACAAAACAUAUUAAAGAACAAUAUAAUACAAAAAAUAAAAAGGACAUCUUAAAAAUAAUGGGUGUGUCUAUCCUAUUUUAACUCAAUAAAACCAAAUCUGAAGCUAUCCUGAAAUGGCUGUUAUUGCAGAUAACAUCUGAAGUAAAAUUAAUUUACAUGCACAUAACAAAAACUAAUCCUGUGUUAGUUGCUUCACCACCUGUGUGCGGUUUAGAAAGCAAUUAGCAAUGCAGUAAUUAGUCUAUAUAUGAACAAGUGGACUGACCCCGGUGAUGUUUGGAAAUGUGGCUAGCAUUUAGCUUAGACAAAAGAUUGGUUAUCAUUUUAGGUCCUGAUGAUUAAAUGUUUCUAAUGCACGAGUUUUUGCUUUAAAAAGUGGUCGUUAUUCCACUGAAACUGCGAUUUUUGUGACUUGAAAUGGCGUCUAGAUCUUCUUUUGAGGAGGAUUUGUCUUGUCCUGUAUGCUGCGACUUUUUUAUAAAUCCCGUCGUUCUGUCCUGUAGUCAUAGCGUCUGUGAAGAUUGUGUGCAUCGGUUUUGGGAAGAUAAGAGACGUAAAGAGUGUCCAGUUUGUAGAAGAUCUUCAAAGGAACGUCCUCCAGUUAACUUGGCUUUGAAGAACCUGUGUGAGACCUACCAACAACAUCUGAGCCGCGGACCUUCGUCUGGAGAUGAAGGUGUCUGCGGUCUUCACAAAGAGAAGCUGAAGCUCUUCUGUCUGGACGAUCAAGAGCCCGUGUGUCUGGUGUGUCGAGACUCCAGAAAACACACCAACCACAGAUUCAGUCCUGUGGAUGAAGCCGUGAUGGACAAUAAGGAGAUUCUCAAAGAUGCUCUUGGACACUUGGAGAAGAAGCGGGGAAUAUUUGCGAGUUUUAAAGAGUGUUUUAAUGAACGUGAUGAACUCGUCAAGUUUAAUGCCCAACAUGCUGAGAGGCGGAUUAAAGCAGAGUUUGAGGAGCUUCACCGGUUUCUUCGUGAUGAAGAAGCGAUCAGAAUAACAGCACUGAGAGAGGAAGAGGAACGGAGGAGUCGGAUGAUGAGGGACAAGAUCGAGGAGACCAGCAGACAGAUCUCAUCUCUCUCUCAGACCAUCAGAGACACCGAGGAGCAGAUGAAACGCGAUGACGUUUCAUUCUUGCAGAACUUUAACUCAACAUUGCAAAGAGCUCUGUGUAACCCGCCGCUUCCAGAAGCCUUUCCUGAAGUGACGAUCAGGUUCUCAAGUCACCUGACCAACCUGAAGCUCACGGUCUUACAGAAGAUGCAGGACACUCUCGGUGAAUCCUCAUACUACUACAAGCCGUCUCCUAUUCAAUCUGAUCUGGCUGCAAUAGAGAUUUCUGACAAUCAAGAGGAAUAUAGUGAAUACGAGUGCUUCCAGAGGGAUGGAGGGAACUGUACGAAGAUAUUUGGAGGUCGACGGUCUAAUGGAGACCGACAGCAGUUUCCAGAUCCUCUAGCCCGUGCCACUGAUUUAUUCCCUGCUCCGGUCAGCACCACAGAACCGACCUUCAACCUACCCCUGAUCCACAGAGGUCCUCCUGUGUCACAGAUCCUCCGCAGCCAGAUUAUGACGAGGAUGAACUACGGAGAAAAACUAGUCGUAGGCCGCCCUCGGUUGAGAUCGAGGUUUAGGCGCACGAGCGUUCCCUCUCCACUGGAUUUGGCAUUUGGAGCUUCGACCAGUGCUUCACUCGGGGGGAAUCCUCAAGGGGACUUGAAGUUUUUGACGUUCAGGGGAGGAGACUUCAGUCUUCAAGAUAUGGUGAUCUGUGACCAUGAAGUUCAGAUUUACACGAAUAUCGACGGCAGAUAUGAAAUCCUGUACUUCUGUCCUGUACUCACAGCAUCUGUAAACAUUGCCUUCAGAGGUUUUGGGAAAAACAAGGACAUAAAGCUUGUCCACUCCAGAAAACACACCAACCACAGAUUCUGUCCCAUAGAUGAAGCUCUGACCGAUAACAAGGCUCAGGCUCAAUGCACAGAGAAGCUGAUUAAAGAAGAGUUUGAGAAACUUCACCAGCUUCUGCGUGACCAGGAAGCGAUCAGAAUUACAGCGCUGAGAGAAGAAGAGAAUCGGAAGAGUCAGAAGAUGAUCGACAGGAUCGAGGAGACCAGCAAACAGAUCGUAUAUCUCACACGCUCCAUCAGGGAUACACAGGAGCAGGUGAAAGCUGGAGAGGAUUCAUUCCUGCGGGACUUAAAGGACUCAUUGAAAAGAGUUCGGCAUGGUCUGUCGGAUCCAGAGAACGUUUCAGAAACGCUCAUCGAUGUUCCAAAACACCUGAAAAACCUCAAGUUCACCGUGUUACAGAAGAUGCAGGAAGAUAUUAAAUACACUCCGGUGACCUUGGACCCCAGCACUGCUCACAGUAAUCUCAUGGUGUCUGAUGAUCUGACCAGUGUGCGGUUCAGAGAUGAGGAAAAGCUGCUUCCUGAUAAUCCCGAGAGAUUUGACAGUUGGGAGUGUGUUCUGGCUUCAGAGGGCUUCGACUCAGGACUUCACUGCUGGGACGUUGAGGUCGGAGACCUCACAAACUGGACCUUCGGUGUGAUGACCGAAUCUGCUCGGAGGAAGGGUGACAUUCUGACAGAGAAGGGACUUUGGGUUCUUGGGUACGCUUCUGGGGAAUAUUAUGCAUUCAUUACACCAGAGCAGUCGCCUCCGCUGACGGUCAAGAAUAAACUCCAGAAAAUCAGAGUUCAGCUGAACUACGAAAAAGGAAAGCUGUCCUUCAUCGAUCCUCUCAGUAACACAUCCAUUCACACUUUUACACAGAAGUUCACUGAGAAAGUCUACCCAUGGUUUGGUCUUCGCUGUGAUGUCUGUCCUCUGUGAUCUUACCAGUCAACUGAAGAAAUCAUUUAGAGACGAAACGAGUAAAGAUGACUCCCAUUUUAACUUUAAAAUAGAAAGCAUUUGUAAAUCAGUUCACUCUGACAUGUUUUAAUGUUUGAUUCUGUGUCUUAAUCUGAACUAUUUUAAAAGGCAUCUAACACAUUUCUUAAAUUAUCAUUAUUAUACAGUUUAAUAAUAUAUAUAACAUUCUUUUUCUGUGAAGCUGCUUUGCUGCAUGUGCAUCAUGAAAAGCAA